UCUCGUACUUCACUGCGGCUUCAGAACGACUCACAACUGCUAUGGCGAACAACCGUGCUAUCGCACUCAAGACGCAGAUUGGCAACGCAACACACGGCCAGCAGCAGUUGCGACCGAUAUUCACAUCCUUGAACGGGGAUAACUCAUGGCUUCUUUCUUUUCCACGUCCAACAGAAGAGCGGACUACCAGUGGGAAAGCAUUCUAUCACAUCGUACACGACCCGUGGUUCAACGGUCCUGUCAACCUAUGGACGUUAUGGCUAGCAAGUAUCAGCCUAUCGUCUCCACCUGCUGUCAAUAACGGCAGCGAUGUAGAAGGCGUUGUGCGCGACGUCGAAGCUGCAGCUGCAGACGCUGGGAUCCUUCCUACCACAACACCUGGCACUCGAGAUGCUUCACCGAUUGAUGCGAUCUUCAUACGAUUUCACUACGACGAUCAUCUACACAAGCCGACAUUGCUGACUUUCGCGUCAAGCAUACCAGUGUUUGCGACACCGGAAGCGAGCGUGAUCAUUCGCGACUGGAACCACUUUGAUAACAUCAUCACCACCAGAGACCUGGAGCCGGGUAUCUUUGACGGCGACUGGACAUCGCUGCAUCCAGGUAGCCCGUUACCCACCUGGCUAACGGUCUUCCGAGCCCGCGGCCACCAUGAGCUCAACUUCGCUAGCGCAAUCAUUUACACGCCUUCACCAGAAGUGCACGAAGCGGUAUUAUACUCCCCGCACGGGAUGCGCACCUCUCAGGAGUCUCUGCAGACCCUUUUGCAUAGGUCAAUGCCAGACUUCAAUGUGCUUGCCCUCCUUCACGGGCUCAAAGAGAGCUGGUCGUUCAGCUGGCCGUUCAGCUGGCAGACCACGUUUGGGGUUGGAACGGGGUUAGAGUUACAAAGGCAGACGGAUUCAAAGUACUGGAUUAUUACACACAACUCACCGCUAAGGUAUCGAGGGCUGUUGUGGGUAAUCGUGACGGAUAUCUUCCGAACGUUAGAAUGGGCGCUAGACAAAGAAAGAACACUAAAUUCAGAAGAGAAGAAAGUAAAUGUCGUCAACGUAGAGAACGGAGGAUUCUUCUUACUUAAGUAAAUUGCAUAACCAUAAUCUUAUCUAGA